UCUUGGAAACCCAAGAAGAGGCAUGUGAAAAAGCAACAAAGAGAAAAGAAAUUGAAGUACAGUUAGUUAGUUAUAAACACUACAACUACUUUCAAGUUUCAACUUCUGCUUCUGCUUCUUCUGUUUCUGCUUCAUGCAUGCGUGCAAACACAGCACUUCUUUUUCUUUUCCUACCCUUUUUCUUUUUUCCCACAUUUUGUUUCUCUCUCUAAAUCCACUUUGAUUCUCUACAAUCCACAUCAGAUUCCCCCUCCUCUACAACCCCAUCUUUCUUCCAUCCUCUAACUUUCUCUUCAUUGCUUUCCAAGCCAAGAAUCUCACAGAUUCCUCUCCCUCAUCACCACCCUUCAACUACUACUACUAUUAACCAACCUUCCUUCUUUCUUUCAUUCCAUGGAACUUGUUUCCUACCUCUCAUUCUCCAACCUCUUUCUUCUUUCUCUCCCUCCUGUCCUUUUCCUUCCUCUUUCUUCACUUUUUCUUCUCUCAAAGUCUCUAUCUCAUAUAUGGCUCCUCCUUCAGAUAUCAAUCACUUUUCUCAUCCAUGUAUAUAUGGGGAUUAUAGUUCUUCACGCUCAGAGAGAAGGCCUAGUUUCAUGAAAUGGUUAAGUAAGCUUUUCAAAGGAGGGUCCAAUAGAGGAAGAGGUGGCCGUCGCCUGCAAGAACCGGACGAGGAAAACAUCGCUUGGCGCGCACCCCCUAGACCAUUUGAUGAUGGUUCUAGAGCUCAUAACAGGGAGAAUGAUGAUCUCGGCCAUGCGAUGUCACGAUCUUCAGCAGAAGAUUUAAAGCGACCAAAUGGAUAUAACUGGGGGACAGACAAUGAUGAUUAUGGAAAAGCACUUCAAGAUAGUUUGAACUCAUCUGCAUACCCUCCAUAUAAUGCUGCUCCAUAUUACCCCAGAGAUUAUAGAAAAAUAUGUGGAGGGUGUAACCAAGAGAUACUCUAUGGAAAUUGUUUGGGAUGCUUGGAUACUUAUUUUCAUCCAGAUUGCUUUCGUUGUCACGCUUGUCAGUAUCCCAUUACCGAGCGCGAGUUUUCUUUGUCAGGGAAGCAUCCAUAUCACAAGUCCUGUUUUAAAGAGUUGACUCACCCAAAAUGUGAAGUUUGCUUCCAAUUUAUUCCUAUAAAUGCUGCUGGAUUGAUUGAGUAUAGGUGCCACCCUUUUUGGUCCCAAAAAUACUGUCCAUCUCAUGAAUAUGAUUAUACAUCUCGCUGCUGCAGUUGCGAAAGAUUGGAGCCUCGGAAUGUAAAAUACUAUAGACUUGAAGAUGGAAGAAGUUUGUGCAUGGAGUGCAUGGAAUCUGCGAUAAUAGACACUGGUGAUUGCCAGCCUCUUUAUCAUUCUAUCAGAGAUUACUAUGAAGGGAUGAAUAUGAAAAUAGGUCAACAAAUUCCCAUGCUUCUUGUGGCCAGAGAAGCACUCAAUGAAGCUAUUGUUGGGGAGAAAAAUGCUGUUCAUCACAUGCCAGAAACAAGGGGCAUAUGCCUUUCAGAAGAGCAGACUAUCACCAGUAUACAUAGAAAGCCAAGACAUGGAGGCCAUCGACGAAUGACGAGAACUCAAAAUCAAAUGCUGGUUAGAAGAUGUGAAGUUACAGCAAUUCUUGUCCUAUAUGGUCUUCCAAGGCUACUCACAGGUGCCAUCCUUGCACAUGAGUUGAUGCAUGCAUGGUUAAGACUUAAAGGUUACCGCAACCUUAAUCCUGAAGUAGAGGAAGGUAUAUGUCAGGUUCUCUCAUACAUGUGGCUUGAGUCAGAAGUAAUGCCAUCAACAUCUGCAGCAGCAGCAUCAUCAUCUUAUCCUUCUUCAUCCUCCUCUUCCUCAAAGAAAGGAGCAAAGUCUCAUGUUGAAAACAAGUUGGGAGAGUUUUUCUUGAAUCAGAUUGCAAAUGAUUCUUCCCCUGCUUAUGGUGGUGGCUUUAGAGCUGCAAAUGAAGCUGUUAAUAAAUAUGGUUUACGUGCCAUUCUUGACCAUAUUCGUUACACUGGUCUUCUACCAGAGUAGUCAAAAGUCAAACUGAAAAGUGAGAACACAAGUUCAUCACUUAUUAUGGGUUGGAGAACUUUCUUUUUUAUUUUGAUUUAACAAGUGAUUGGUCUUGUAUGGUUUAAAACUCAAGACACAACCUUGUAGGCUUGUAUUCAACAAGUUUUACUUCCAUUGAGCAAAAGAGAAACAAAAAUGUUUCUUGAUCUAUGUUGACAAUGUUGAUCAACAUUUCUCUUAUAAACAUAUUCUGCAUAAAAUUUCUAAUUCACAACAAAUUUGUUCCCAACUAAGAUUCCACUUGAGAUUAAUUGUUAUUUGUAAGAAAAAGAUUUCCUCUAAAUGACAACUCUUGAAACUACUCAUAAUAUGAAUGUAAGACAAUGUACUCUAACUAAAAUGACAUGUAACUACUAACUAUAACUACUCUAUUAGUAAGAAUAGGUCACUUCUGAAAUAACGAUCCUUCUUGAGGGAAAAAACAGCAAUGCUGGACAACACUGAAAGCCUACAAUCACAUGGAUAUCUUCAACUUCAUCUGGUGAACAAAGACAGUAUAUAGAUUCCAUGUGCAAAAACUGUCUCCUUAAGGCAUUCAGUUGCUGAUAUUAUAGUUCAUUCCAAUACUCUGUCUUCCAGAGAGAGCAAGCGCAAGACAGAGAAGACCACAUGAGAAUACAAGACUGCUAACGGGUAAAUAUUAAAUGUUCUUGAUGAUCUGUACAGGGAAAAAUUGCAAUCCCCACAGCAGCAUCACAAAAUUGCCACCAUGCGAACCCAUGAAAUAUAAUCAACUUAAAUCAGUAUAACUUACGAACUUAAAUCAGUAUAUAACUUUAUCGACUUAAUUGUAUCUCGGAACUCCAAAGCAGAAUUGUGCGAUUAUGCAGAAAUGUCGGCUAAAAGCUUCUUCAGUGUAUCGUAGGUCAUAAAGCAAAUGCCUACACCAGGCACCACCUUGUAGUAUUCAGGCAAAAUUCCUCUGUAUAGACCUCGCAGACCUUCAGUCCGAAUAAUGUGCCUGAACAUACCAAAGAGGCCCAUUGUAUACACACGGGCUCGCCCACCAGCCCCUUCCAGUUGCUUCCGGCGCCUCACAAGAUCCAAGGGAAAUGUUGCUGCAUAUUACAUAACAGAUGAAUUGAACCAUAUCCAUUCUUGUAAGAAAUUCAAUUUAGCACAGGAUUGUAUUGUAGAUGAGAUCAUAACUUGUUCAUAUUAGUCAUCAAAUUUGAUAAAACCAUAAAACAAUUGUAAAGAAAAUAAGCAUUCAACAAAUCC